UAUAUAUUUAUUUAUAAAUUUAUUUUUCCUGCUGUUUAUUGGGGCGCCUUAAUGGGAAAAAAAUAUUUACGACUUCGUAGUACCAAUAUACUAUUUUCUGAAAGGUUAGUCGAACUUUAAAAAAACGCGCGCGAUAUUUUCUUGAAUGAUCCUUCCAGCGUUUUUUGAGACGGUUUCUAUAAUUUUCUAUAUUUUAAAUAAAUACAAUUGUUAAACGACAAGCCCUGCCCCUUUUCUCCCAAAUCAGUAUAAAUGGAGAGGAUAAAUGCAAAGCAAAUCACAGUCUUCAGAACAAAUCGUUCAAAACGACAGAAGCUUUUUUAGAUUUCGAGCAAAAGUGGAUCGAGAUGGGGAAGGAAUUCCAGGUGGCGUUUGAAUCAGGGUAAGUACUCUUUUUAAAAAUUAUCACUUUUUAAUAUGUAUUAGCUGUCAUUUUGAAGUCAAAAAUUAUUUUCAUGUUGAAAUUGUGAUUUUCUGUUACAAUGAAAAACAAUGUAUAUAUAAAAAUAAACAGGUUAACAUUUGUUUGCUUCAAUUUUUUGUCCCCGCUUGAAAAGUGGGUGAUAUUAAUUUGGGUUUGUCCGUCCGUCCGUCUUUCUGUCUGUCUGUAACGCUUUCGUUUCCACACGAUAUCUCGAGAACCCUUUGAGCUUUUGCAAUGAAAUUUAGCAUAGCAACUCCCUGUGGCCUAAGGAAAACCCUCACUGAUUUCGAGGUCAAAAGGCCAAAGAUCAAGGUCAUAAAUAAGCAAAAUCUGUCUGUUAUAAAACUUUCGUUUCCACACGAUAUUUCUAGAACCAUUUGAGUUAUUGCAAUGAAAUUUUACAUAACAACUCCCUGUGGCCUAAGGAAGACCCCUAUUGAUUUUGAGGUAAAAGUUCAAGGUCGUAAAUUUAUACAUUCUGUCUGUGUGUAACACUAUCAUUUCCGGGCGAUAUUUCAAGAAGAAUUUGAGCUUAUGCAAUGUAAUUUUAUACCAAAAACUUUCUAGGACCUCUCUCAACCCUCUCAAAGUGCCCCGCCCCGGUUUUUAAAAUUAUCAUUUAUAGUAUUACAUGUCGCUUUUAUUAGCACAGGGGCAAGCGGAGAGUUAUUGUGAAUAAAACAGGUUUUCGGCGGGCUUUAUGUUCUUAUUACAUCUAUUAGAACUGUUUAAUGAAGGCUAAAUAAAUCAAACACCAUGGAUUGUGUAAAAUUUUGACAAUACCGAACAUGAAUAUAUAUAUAUAUAUAUAUGUAUGUGACUUCACUUCUGCAUAUACUUGACUUCAUUUAAAGCGAUUCCGUGGUCUAUUGGUAUGUCUCCAGCUUAACAUGUCAGAGGUCCCGGGAUCGAAUCUCGGACGAUCCUUUCUUUCUUUAACUUUUCUUUUUUUAAAUGAUAGCAUUCAGCAUGUGAAAAGAAUUAUUUAGGAGGUUAAAAAAUCAUCAUUACAGUGUGAUAAAUAUUCCAUAUAAAAAGAAUCUUCUAUACACAUAAUAAAGAAUAAGCAAUCAAAUCUUUAUACGCAUAUUGACAUACAUUUAUUUUAUUUGCUUCAGUAUACAUUUCAUUACUCUACAAAUUCAGUAAGGGGGAUCCGACUUUUGCCCUAAGCGGGGGACACCAAUUCUCUGAAUUAGCUUGUUUUUAAAUAAUGCUCAAAAAUUCUAAUUUAUUAGAAACUCCCCGGGGGACCCAUACCAGGUUGAAGAAGAUAAAACCUCCCCUAAACAAUGUCAACCUACAUACAAGAGAAAAUUAAGUGAAUCAGAAGACUCACACAUUCUUUUGAGAAGGUAAAUUUAUUUUAUCUUUACUAUUAUUCUAAAAAAAAUAUAAGAAAACCCCCACUCCACCACAUACUAUUAAAAUCUUUUAAAUUGUAAACAUAGACAUUUUUUACUCUUUUUUUUUGGAAAAUCUUUUCAUAGGAAAAUGAAUAAAGAAAACAGACCUGAGAGUGAUGGGUUCUCGCAGCAGAAGAAAGAGGAGCAUCCACUGCUGAAAACAUUCAGAGAAGACAACCCAGGGAAAUAUACAACCUUUGAAAAACGUAUCCGGUCAACGUUUACCCUCACGACACCAGUAUGUAUCACGUUGACUGUUAGCCAUAAACCUGUGUCGACAGAGUCAGGAGAGUUCAACCCACCAGUGCCUACAAAAUCCCAGGGAUACAGUCCCUCAUCUCCGGAUAACAGUCCCUCAUCUCCGAAUUACAGUACAGAAUCGACAGCAGUGCUAAUAAAGUCGGAAUCUACAUAUACAGUCACCCCAAUGAUGACUCUGACAACAACGCCCCAGGCCCCCCUUCCGUCAUUCGCCGGAUAUAGUCAGGCAUCUUCGGAAUACAGUCCAGCAUCGACAACAAUGCUAAUAAAGUCGGAACCUACAUAUACAGUCACCCCAAUGAUGACUCUGACAACAACGCCCCAGGCCCCUCUUCCGUCAUUCGCCGGAUAUAGUCAGGCAUCUUCGGAAUACAGUCCAGCAUCGACAACAGUGCUAAUAAAGUCGGAACCUACAAGUACAGUCACCCCAAUGAUGACUCUGACAACAACGCCCCAGGCCCCUCUUCCGUCAUUCGCCGGAUAUAGUCAGGCAUCUUCGGAAUACAGUCCAGCAUCGACAACAGUGCUAAUAAAGUCGGAACCUACAAGUACAGUCAACCCAAUGAUGACUCUGACAACAACACCCCAGGCCCCCCUUCCGUCAUUCGCCGGAUAUAGUCAGGUAUCUUCGGAAAACAGUCCAGCAUCGCCACCAGUGCUACUAAGUCGGAACCUACAGUCAACCCAAAGAUGACUCCGACAACAACACCCCAGGCCCCCCUUCCGUCAUUCGCCGGAUAUAGUCAGGUAUCUUCGGAAAACAGUCCAGCAUCGCAUCGCCACCAGUGCUACUGAAGUCGAACCUACAGUCAACCCAAUGAUGACUCGUAUAACAACCCUCCACAAUCAACACCGAGUCUCUCUCCAGUUGUAGCACCAGGGUUUUGUACGCCAACUAACAAUUACCCUCUCAAAGGGAGCUUAACGCUUUAAACGAAUUGCUAGAUAUCGUCCGUGUGGACCUUCUCCAAACGUCAAUGGUGGUACAUUAUAUUCAAGAUUUCAUGAAAAAAUUUCAGUGAUAUUUUUUAAGAGGAAAGGGUUAAACUAAAUGUCCAUCUGCUUAAUUUACAUGAUCAUUAUAUGUGUUCUUUUUUUUUUAACUCUAUCCAAGUAUUUGUUCAUUUUCAAGUAUGCAACUAUGUCUUAAAUGUUUUUUUUCCCUUUUUUCUUAGAUGUUCAGAUUAUCUAUUUGUUGUGAAACUCGCAAUAA